GCCCCUGGUUUUUAAAAACUCUUCCUGGUCUCUGAAAUCCGAAACUCUGACCAACAGACACUGGGACAUGCUGUAGUUAACUAUGUUUUCGAGGGCAAGUGAUAUAGGUUUUGAAGUUUGAUGUUCUCUUCUGCGGAACCAGUAUCUGACCAGAAGGAUACCACAAAACCCAAAGUAUCAGCAUGUCAAGUCAAGACUGGACACUGUGAGCAAUUCAGAGUUAUUCACAAGAAAUCAAGAAUUUUGUGGUAUCUCCUGUCUUCACCCAAAUCACCUUCCACUGAGUUCUUCAAAGACUGAUGUCUUCUUCCUGGGUGCCUGAGUGUAUCUUACCAGCUCCCCAGUACUGCAGACUGUGCCAUGAAUGGAUUAUGCUUCUGAUGAAAUCCCGAUGCUGUUUUGUUCAGUCUCCACCACAGGGUUCUCGUGUAUUCUCAAGCACCCUCUCUAGGUAACAGUAUGACUAAAUACACUGAGAAGCUAGAAGAGAUCAAAAAAAAUUAUAGAUACAAAAAAGAUGAGCUUUUCAAGAGACUAAAAGUUACAACUUUUGCCCAGCUGGUCAUCCAAGUUGCUUCCCUAUCUGAUCAAACACUAGAAGUGACAGCUGAGGAGAUUCAAAGGCUAGAAGACAACGAUUCUGCAACUUCAGACCCUGAUGCUGAACUCACUGCCAGGACCAACGGGAAAGGGAGCCCCGGGGAGCAGUCACCCAGCCCUGUCCAGUUCAUAAAUAGCGUGGGAGCUGGCGACUCCAGUCGCUCGACUCUUCAGAGCGUCAUCAGUGGUGUUGGGGAACUGGAUCUAGACAAAGGGCUAGUGAAGAAAGCAGAGCCCAACACCAAAGACAAACCUUAUCCCGACUGCCCCUUCCUGCUGCUAGAUGUGCGAGAUAGAGAUUCUUACCAGCAGUGCCACAUUGUUGGAGCUUACAGUUACCCAAUUGCAACUCUGUCUAGAACAAUGAACCCUUAUUCAAAUGAUAUUCUUGAAUAUAAAAAUGCCCACGGCAAGAUCAUCAUUCUGUAUGACGACGAUGAGAGGCUGGCCAGCCAGGCGGCCACCACCAUGUGUGAGCGGGGAUUUGAAAACCUCUUCAUGCUUUCUGGAGGUCUAAAAGUCUUAGCUCAGAAAUUCCCAGAAGGACUGAUUACGGGUUCCCUGCCAGCAUCUUGCCAGCAGGCCCUUCCUCCUAGUUCUGCCCGGAAACGAUCCAGCCCCAAAGUGCCGCCUCCACCAGCUGAGAAUAAAUGGAGAUUUACCCCGGAAGACCUAAGAAAGAUAGAAUACUACUUGGAAGAGGAUCAGGGUCCUGCAGACAAUCCUAGCCGGCUGAGCCAAGCUAAUGCUUCCGGAAGAGACUCCAAGGUUCCAGGCGCCCGCAGUAUCCGCAGCGGUCAGAACCUGCCCACAGGGGGCCCUGCCAGCCACCCGAACCCCCGCUCACUCGGCAGUGGCCACCUGCAAGGCAAACCCUGGAAGUAAAGACUUUGUCUGUCUUAGUCAAAUAAAUGUUUUCUCUCCUUCCAGAACCCCUGAGCAGUGCCCAAGUUGGUCAUUUUCGGAGGAAAGACAAGGAAAGACGAUGAUGUGUGUGAUAGGCCCUCUUCCCUCUUCCUGUCUCCAGCUCCUUUCCCACAUCCAACUGGGGAAGGAUUUUUACAAAAACCAGAGGCAUGACAGGCUCUAGUGUCCUCCCUAUUGUUUACAGAAUAUUUAAUCUCUGAAACUGAGUAGCCAAAAAGAGUCUCAUUUUUUUAGGCUCUUGUUUUAUUUUAAUAAGGUCCAGCUUGUUUUGGUAUAUAUCCUGUGUUUUGUAAAUACCUCAGUCACAUCUGGUGCGUUCUUCCCAACCAGUUCUUUUUUGCUCACUGUUCUUGGUUUCAUGAAGGUUCUCCAGAUAGGCUUUGCAGCCUGGGAAGCUGUCCCUCGGGGACGGGAUGAUUCUUGGCUUUCAGCCGCCCCCAGGCCCUCCACCUGAUGUGAGCCCACUGGCUGAGGAGCACCCACUCAGUGCUGCUCUGUUGUGAGUGUGGAGGCCGUUACCUGUGAGCAUUGCUCAAGUUUAAGAUUUAGCAGAGCAGCUCUCACGCUCCCUGAAUGUUCCUCCUCGCUGUGUUUUCCUGGAGCCAGCACAGGUGGUAAUGUGUGCUCAGCUGCCUUCUCACAGGGCAUGGGGCCCCUUGCAGGAAGGCCCCGUCCAUUAUACGGGGCUGUGUUGAGAGCCAUCGAAGCCUCCCAGAGCUGUCCCUCAUUAGUGGUUGGUUUAUCAGUUGUAAAUUUCCAUUACCCACCUCGGGUCCAUCUGUGUUAGAGGGGUGGAAAUUCUGGCCACUUGAAAACAUCAGUUUCCAUGGGGCCACCACAGGCACACAAGGUGAGGACGACUCCACGAUCCUUUGUCAGAGCUGACAGCCCCUUAAGCCCUUGCUUAAAAAUACAGUAUUAGUCUAAUUGAGUAAUUAGUGCAAUUUCCUGCUUACUUUUCAUUCUCAUGACUGAGCUGUGAUUAGGAGGUUGUGAUUAUAGAUUCUGGUUUGGGCCAGAAUUUUGAAUCAGCAUUAAUUGAAUUGCUAGAUGACUGACAUUCAUUCCAUUUAAUUGGGGGAACAAAGACCUCAGGUAAGGAUGAGGAGCUCUGAAAUCAUCAGGAAAAGGAAAAGAGCCUUGUUAAUUUUUAUAGUCUGUGAUCUGUAGCUGUGAUAAGGGACUAAGGAAUAAAUUGUGCUCUUUGUCAUGGCAACCAGCUUCUGAAAAGCCAACUGAAAAUUGCCUGUCCUUAGGUGGUUACUGCUGCUGGGUAAGAUUUGCCUUAAUGGGACUAUUUUUCUCACCACCAAAAAAAAAAAAGUACCACAGUAUUUCUAGCAUGGGGGGCUGUGUUUGUAAGAGAAAUAAAGGUAAUAAAUAUCUCAUAGAGACAUAUGGAAAAAGAACUUUCAGAUUCAGCCCAGUCCUGUUUUAGUGUGUUUAUCCUUCUCUACUUGAUUUCCAAAGUGCAACAUUUUCCAAUGCUUUAGAAAUCAAACAAACCAGGGACAUUGUUCAGAUGUCAAGCCAUGCCCAAUUUUCCACAAGAUUCAAGAAUCUUGUAUAAAAUUCAGCCAAUGUACACAUAGCUUUAAUGAGGAACCUGUCAUGUUUCCCUAUAAAUUUAUUGCCUGAGAACUUAGUUCAGCCUUCUGCUAAUGCCAAAAUGCUCUGGCUUUUUAUUUUCUUUACAGCAUAGAUUUUAAAAAAUGCAAAUUUUUCCACACUCACCUUUCCCCUAGCAUGGACACACUUUUCAGCCAUUUUUGACACAUAUACAUUUUUAAGAAAAAAAUAUUUUUCUCUAUAACAAAGUUCUGGUUAUGCCAUUUCAAAGUUGACUAGUAAAGAGUGUAGAUUUGCCCACUCGGUUCUAUUUUGAAAGUAAAUGGUAGUCCCCCUUUGUUCCUAUUCUGCAUUCCCAUCACCAAACAACUCUAGAAUGUUAGAAACUACUGUGUCUAUAUGGAAAGUCAAUUUUGCCAAACCUAUUAGAAUUGCUGUGCAUUUAGCUGAAAGAUGUGAAAGGCUAAAUAUAUAUAUGUGUGUUUCGCCAUAGUGCUUUGCCCUAUUGGUAAGAAUUUUAAAUAACUGCUCCUCAAAGACCUAUUCUGAUUCUGCACUUUGUGUGUUAAAUGUCACUUGCAGACAGUUUUUACAUGCUCGAGUAUUGCUUCGAAUGUUCUACUUUACUAGUUUUUUUAUUAGAUUAACUGACAUGUAUUAUUUAAGUGAUCAGUGAUACUUUGUGCAAUUAUGAAUGUUGAAGAUUAAAGUACAUAGUUAUUAA